UUCAUCAGAGUGUUACGCAAUAACUCUAACCCAGAUGUUGCAGAAAAUCAACUUCAGGAGAUGCACCAGAAGUUUAAAGCUCGGGGUUACUCAGAACAGACUUUGGAUACAGCAUAUGUUAAGGCUUUGCAAUCAAUUUCAGAGCAAAGGAUUCAUCUCAACAUGGGGGAUCGACUUGUUUUCCCUCAAUCUUUUCAUCCUAAUUCUGAUAAAUUACGUCUAAAUAUCUUGGACAAUUGGAGAACCUUUACCUACAGUGUUCCAGAAGCCACCUAUUAUAAGCUACAGGAAAGGGAAAAGCCCGAAGGACUUAUUGGUACACACUGA